UCAAGAUCUUCUAAAGGGUACAAUCCGAGUACACUUCACCACAAAAGAAAAGAGAGAAAAUUCCACAGCAUACAUAUUUUACCUUCCCUCCAGAUUCAAGGACAAGGUGCCACUGCCAUACUCUCUCUAUCCUCUUUCCGUUCCUUCCAUUUUACCGGAAAAAUCCCAUCUUUCCUGAGAAAUUCCUUCUUUCCAAUACACUAAAACCCAUAUAUUUCAUAAAAACUUACUCUAGACACCAGAUUUGAUCUUCCUCCAUCUGCUCGCUGUUUUUUUCCCCAGAAAAUAUUUUCAUGAUCGAUUUUUUAUUUGGAUUUUAAUCAGUUAAUAGUCCCUGCUUCCAAGGUUCGUUGACUUUAAUUAUCAUUAUUUUAAUUUUGCAUAUCUGGUAUAAUAGCCCAGAUCAGUUGAUUCGGAAUUGGCAUUUGUUUGGAAUUAAAGAAGGAUAUGAAAGAUUCCCAGCUACCAAAGAAUUCUACUUGAAAUUGGAUUUGGAAUGUGAUGUUAUUGGGGAAGUCGAAUUCUGUGUUUGAUGAACCAAGAUGGCAUUCAAAUCUAAGAUAAAAUGGGUUGCUCUGUUUGUCCUCGUUUUAUCUUUUGCAUCAUUGCUUCGGCACCUCUCUAUAGCUAAGUAUUCCACUGUCGAUUUAGUCCAGUAUAGUGCAUUGACUGCAUUCCAUAACGAUUUCGAUACCCUAUCCGGGAGACAGAGUAUUCCUAAUAAGAAGCUAUGGGAACCUGUAAAGCCCUUGCAGUCUUUGCAGCCUUAUGCCAACCCCAGGAGCAACUAUCCUGUUCCAAAUGAACAGAGCAAUGGCUUCAUUUAUGCGAAAAUAUUUGGUGGAUUUUCAAAGAUAAGAUCUACGAUCUGUGAUCUGGUCACCAUAUCCAGGCUUCUAAAUGCUACUCUUGUCAUUCCAGACAUUCAAGAAAGUACUCGCUCAAAAGGCAUCAGCCAUCGUUUCAAGAGUUUUACAUAUCUCUACGACGAGGAGCAGUUUAUUGCAUCUCUUAAAAAUGAUGUAAUCAUUGUGAAGAGCCUGCCAGACAAUUUGAAGGCAGCAAGGAAAAGGAAUGAAUACCCUUCUUUUAGACCCAAGAAUUCAGCUUCUCCUAAGUUUUAUAUUAAAGAAGUUCUACCAAAGUUAAAGAAAGCCAAGGUUAUUGGCUUGGUUAUUGCUGAUGGUGGAUGUCUGCAGUCAAUCCUUCCACCAGGCAUGGCAGAGCUUCAAAGGCUUAGAUGCAGGGUUGCUUUCCAUGCACUUCAAUUCAGGCCAGAAAUUCAAAUUCUUGGUCACCGUAUGGUGGAGAGGUUACGUGCAUGGGGCCAACCUUUUCUAGCAUUUCAUCCUGGUUUAUUGAGAGAAACCUUGGCGUAUCAUGGUUGCGCUGAACUUUUUCAGGAUGUUCACACUGAACUCAUACAAUAUCGAAGGGCACAAAUGAUUAAACGGGGCAUUGUUCAUGAGGAACUAAGCAUAGACUCACACUUGCGUAGAGAAAAUGGUUCAUGCCCUCUGAUGCCUGAAGAGGUUGGAAUUCUUCUUCGUGCAAUGGGGUAUCCUCCUAAAACAAUUGUAUAUUUGGCUGGUUCUGAAACAUUUGGGGGUCAACGUGUUCUGGUCCCUUUGCGUGCCAUGUUUCCCAACUUAGUGGAUCGCACUUCUUUGUGCAGCAAUAAAGAAUUGUUGGAUAUACUUGGACCUGAAACACCUCUUCCUCUAAAUCCUUUUCAACCACCUCCAGCAAAAAGUGAGGCACAACUUAAAGAAGAAUGGAAGAAGGCUGGUCCUAGGCCUCGGCCUCUUCCUCCACCUCCUGGUAGACCUAUCUAUCAACAUGAAAAAGAAGGCUGGUAUGGUUGGAUUACUGAGACUGCCACCGAACCAGACCUUUCAGCUGUGGAUCUAAGGAUGCAAGCACAUAGACUAAUUUGGGAUGCUCUUGACUAUAUUGUCUCCGUGGAAGCAGACACAUUCUUUCCUGGCUUUAGUAACGAUGGCAGUGGAUGGCCGGAUUUUUCAAGCUUGGUUAUGGGACAUCGUUUGUAUGAGACUGCUUCUUCUAGAACAUACCGACCAGACAGGAAAGUUGUAGCAGAGCUUUUCAACAUGACCAGGGGCAAUGUAUACCAUCCCAAGCAUAAUUGGACACUCUCGGUGCAGGAACAUCUUAAGAAAAGCUUGGGUGAGGAAGGCCUAAUAAGGCAAUCCCUUUUGUCGAAGCCAGGCGUAUUCAUUUCACACCCACUCCCCGAAUGCUCUUGUAGAAUAUCUUCUGCUGAGGUUCCAGUUCAUGUAAAAGGUAAUGACGGACGAAGUGUGCAUGGAGGCGAAGAAGAGUGCCCCAAGUGGAUGCAGCAUGGUCAGGAAGUUCCUUUGGAAUCGGCUGGGGAAGAGGAUAAAGUGGAGGACAAUGAAUUGUCAGAGUACGGAAGUACUCUGGUUGAGCAACCAGAAUCAAUUGACAGUGACAGAACUAAUACAAGUCUAGUCUUUGAUCAGGAUGAUGAAAUGGACCCAAAUGACUAAAAUUGGAUUUCCAUAUGAUACAAGUUCUUUUUACUGUAAGGCGGCAUUCAGUUUCCAUCAUUUUCUUCUGAAAUGGAAAAGUUUUGGAGGUAGAGUAAUACUAAGGUUUGAUUCCCGGUUCCAACUUUGCCAUUUGGAGAGGUAUAGGUAUUCAAACAUAUUCUUUGGGUCGAUUCUUGGGUUUACUAUAACAACAGGAGUUAUUUGUGUAGCUUACUGCGAAAUGAGGAUCGGGUAAGAUCAAUGAACUUGGGGUAAGCUGAUCAGAGUUUGUACACCUUUUUAGCCAUAUUGAAGCUUUUCAACCAUAGGACUACAUGUUAGAUAAGCCACCUGUGUAAUAUUUAUUCUUUUUUUUUUUUUAAUAUAGAGAACAAAUGACAAGUACCUGGAUGAUUCACUGCGGAUCUUUUGUUAAAUUUUUAUUGGAAAUUGA